UUGGGGGGAGGGGGAGAGAAGGGUCGCCUAGCGACCGUUUCCUAGGCGACUCCAGGUGGAGCGGGGACACAGCUCCAGGCGAUGGGCCUACUAAUGCUCCGGGCUGGGGACGGCUGGGCUUCGUCUCGCAUUCUGGGAUGGAGUCUUGGGGAGUCGUUAGGGCGAACCGGGAAGUGCAGGGGAGAAGUAGAAAAGAGAAAAUGUGGGGCUAACAGAUGUCCCAGGCCAAGCCUUAUUUUGGAAGGGUGGUGUUGCUUUGCAGACAGGUGGCAGAGAGAGAAGUUGGCUACCAUGGAGUCACCAGAGGAGCCCGGAGCAUCCAUGGAUGAGAACUACUUUGUGAACUACACUUUCAAAGAUAGGUCACACUCCGGCCGUGUGGCUCAGGGCAUCAUGAAACUGUGUCUGGAGGAAGAGCUCUUUGCUGAUGUCACCAUUUCGGUGGAAGGCCGGGAGUUUCAGCUUCACCGGCUGGUCCUCUCAGCUCAGAGCUGCUUUUUCCGGUCCAUGUUCACUUCCAACCUGAAGGAGGCUCACAACCGAGUGAUUGUACUGCAGGAUGUCAGCGAAUCUGUUUUCCAGCUCCUGGUUGAUUACAUCUACCACGGGACCGUGAAACUUCGAGCUGAAGAGCUGCAGGAAAUUUAUGAGGUGUCAGACAUGUAUCAGCUGACAUCUCUCUUUGAGGAAUGUUCUCGGUUUUUGGCCCGCACAGUGCAGGUGGGGGACUGCCUUCAGGUAAUGUGGCUGGCAGAUAGGCACAGUGAUCCUGAGCUCUACACUGCUGCCAAACACUGUGCGAAGGCCCACCUGGCCCAGCUGCAGAGCACAGAUGAAUUUCUCCACCUGCCCCAUCAUCUACUCACUGAUAUCAUCUCGGAUGGAGUUCCGUGUUCCCAGAACCCAACAGAAGCAAUAGAAGCCUGGAUCAAUUUCAAUAAAGAAGAAAGAGAGGCUUUUGCAGAGUCACUCAGAACUAGCUUGAAGGAGAUCGGGGAGAAUGUGCACAUUUACCUGAUCGGGAAAGAGUCAUCUCGUACCCACUCGUUGGCUGUGUCCUUACACUGUGCAGAAGAUGACUCCAUCAGUGUAAGUGGCCAAAACAGCUUGUGCCACCAGAUCACUGCAGCCUGUAAGCAUGGUGGAGACUUAUACGUGGUGGGAGGGUCCAUCCCACGGCGCAUGUGGAAGUGCAACAAUGCCACCGUGGACUGGGAAUGGUGUGCACCUUUGCCCCGGGACCGGCUCCAGCACACCCUGGUGUCUGUGCCCGGGAAAGAUGCUAUAUAUUCACUGGGUGGCAAGACACUGCAGGAUACCCUCUCCAAUGCAGUUAUCUAUUAUCGGGUAGGUGAUAACGUCUGGACAGAGACAACCCAGCUAGAGGUGGCUGUGUCAGGGGCCGCUGGUGCCAACCUUAACGGGAUCAUCUAUUUACUUGGGGGGGAGGAGAAUGACCUGGACUUCUUUACCAAACCUUCCCGACUCAUCCAGUGCUUUGACACAGAGACAGACAAAUGCCAUGUGAAGCCCUAUGUUCUGCCCUUCGCAGGUCGCAUGCACGCAGCUGUGCAUAAGGAUCUGGUGUUCAUCGUGGCUGAAGGGGACUCCCUGGUGUGCUACAAUCCCCUGCUAGACAGCUUUACCCGGCUUUGCCUUCCUGAGGCCUGGAGCUCUGCCCCAUCCCUCUGGAAGAUCGCCAGCUGUAACGGGAGCAUCUAUGUUUUUCGGGACCGAUAUAAAAAGGGGGAUGCCAACACCUACAAGCUUGACCCUGCCACUUCAGCUGUAACUGUCACCAGAGGCAUUAAGGUGCUACUUACUAAUUUGCAGUUUGUGUUGGCCUAAGUCUGUGGGGGGAAGAGCAGCUGACUUUUGCCCUUCCGUUUUCCAGCACCUACCCAUCCAAAUUCAAAGUCUCUGGGGCCCCCAUCAGAGUACUAUGUUAUUUUUUGGCACAUGUUGGAAAGGGCAGCACUACAGUCCUUCCUGAACCCAUAGGGGUGUUUUAGACUGCUUCUGCUCAUCUGGCUGCUCCAAGAGUAGGCCAGCCUGUCCUCUGCUGUCGCCUGGGAACCCUGUGCCUCACUGCAGAUGGUCCAAGUAAGCCGUUUCUCAGACUGUAGGCACAUCCUCCUGUCAUUCCCUCAUCGGUGUUAAGUGGAAGCACCUCUGAUCCCAGGACAGAAGGAAAGAUGCCCCCAUCUUCCUUUUUUCUGUAACCUGCAAAGUGGCUAGUUGGUAAUUUUCCCUCAAAGAAUUAGGUGUUAAGAGUUUUCCUUCAGGCUUUGGUUGGGAGAAUGGUCUAAGCUGAAGGUGUCCUUCACCAGCAAGCGCCGACUCUUGAAUUCAGGACACCACGUCUCGUGUUUUCUCACUUCUCUGUCAGGAAAUGAACACUUUGGGUUUUUUUGUUUGUUUGGUUGGUUGGUUUUGGUUUUUGGGUUUUUUUUUUUCUUUUUUCCCUCAGGAUACAUGCUAUUUAUUUAUCUAUUUUUAAUUUUUCUUUAGACUAUAUUAUUUG